AUGAAGGUCACUUUUGCCCUCGCCGUUGCCAUCCUCGGCGCUGAGGUCUCUGCUUUCCCCCAGUUCAUCCCUCCCAAGUCCAACUACGCCCUUCGUCCAGGCACCACCAACAACAACCAGGACAGCAACACCAACAACAAGUUCGUAAAUGCGCCCAACAAGCACGCUGCCGGUACAGGCAUCAAGUUCACUCCCAACCAAAAGUCAGGCACCAAAGCCGACAACGUGGUUCCCGGCUUCGUCCCCGUCAAGGGCGGCACAGUCAGCAGACGUUCCGACGAUGAUGAUGGUGAUGAUGAUGGUAGCUACGAUGUCCCCAAGGGAGAUCAAGAUGAUGACAGUGGUGAUGGAGUGAUGUUCACUACCUUUACUGCUCCUCACACCAAGGUCGGCACCAUCAAGAAGGAAGAGAGUGCCGGUGAUGAUGACUCUGCCGAGGAGCGCAAGUUCAAGGCGCCCAGCACCAAGAAGCAGAACGGCAAGAAGCAGAAGCACACUGGUGAUGAUGAUUCACCCAGCAAGACUGAUGACCACCCCAAGACCUCUCCUUCUGCUACCAAGAGCAAGUCUGAGGAUAAGCCCAAGGCUUCUGGCUCAAGCUCGCCCGAUGACAAGAAGAAAGCAGCCAAGCAGGCCGAGAAAGAUGCCAAGCAGGCCGAAAAAGACAAGAAGGAGGCUGAAAAGAAAAAGAAGAAGCACUCUGGCAACGAUGACUCUCCUUCCAAGACCGACGAUCACCCCAAGGUCACUCCCUCUCCCAGCAAGAAAAAGUCAAGCGAUGACUCGUCCACCAAGAAGGAUGACAAGAAGACGUCCAGCAAGAAGAAGCACUCUGGUGAUGAUGAUGCUUCUACCAAGACUGCCACGGAUGAUAAGAAGUCAACCUCCAAGAGCAAGAACCAGGCCAAGACUGCGGCUCACAAGAACCACGUCUCCAAGCACUCUUAGAUUUGUCAGCUGGUAUCAGGUCGAUUACUCUCAUUUCUUUCCUUUCUCAAUUAAUUGUAUCUAGACUGUAUUUAGCAUCACUUUCUUUGAAUCAUGGUGGAAGGGUAGUCGGUAGUAAGAUAG